GGAAAAGAGAGCCCACGACACCGGCUACGUUGACAUCUCCGACUCCACUCUUCCCCAUUCCUUCAGCCGCCGACGCGACCGGUUCAUUACCCGGCUCGCCACUUAUCUGGGGGUUGUUGCUCUUAUCGGCUUGCUCGUGUUGUCAACGACAAACUCCAUUUCCGGCAUCAACUUCUUCUCUUGUCACCAAGGCAAGAGAAAUCAGAAUGGCUCUACGCUGACAAGUGAUGAGGCGCUCUUCAUGCCCGCGUUGCCCGGGACCUCGCUCUCAGCGCAAACCACCAAGAAAGUGCCCCUAGAAGCUCACAUUAUGAGCAAAUGUCCAGACGCACGUGACUGUCUGCAGCAGCUUGUCGUGCCUGCGAUGGAGCAAAUCAGCGACAAGGUCGAUUUCAAAUUGUCAUUUAUUGCUGAUGUGUCAAACAAAUCCUCGGAAAUUCAAUGCAAGCACGGCCCCACCGAAUGUAUAGGAGAUAUGCUUCUUCUCUGUGCUGCAAAUCUUCCUUUCCCUCCUCAGGGAGUCGAAAGCGCUGUUGGUCCAAUGACUGCGCGUACCCCGACAAUUCGGUCCCUUGGCUUUGCAAACUGUCUUGUUGGGUCGUACUCCCAAAUCCCGGAACGCCAUCACGUCGAGCAGUGCGCAUUGGAGCAUGGCAUAGACUUUAGUGCCUUGAACGCAUGUGCUAGUCAGGAAAUCGAUGAUCCCGACUACGGCGGCGACAGUGCGCCGCUCAGCGGCAUGGCUCUGCUACGCGAGAGCGCCAUCCAUAGUGCGAAGCUUGGCGUCAAGACAAGCUGCACGCUCCGACUCGAUGAGUCUGUCUGGUGUGUCCGCGAUGGCGGCGUUUGGAAAGAUUGCGCAAAGAAUGGACAGGGCAGCCAAGUAUCGGUGCUGGUGGAUGAAGUCAAGCGACUAUGGAACCGUAUCAAUUGAUAUUAUCGAUUGUAUGAUAUGAUGCCGAUGCCAAGUGAUGAUCGAUGACAACCUGUGCCCUGUUCUUGUCAUCUCAACAACAUGUGAACAUAAUUGCCUCAACUGUGUUUUUUUGUUUGUACGUUUGAAUAGUGGCCUCAAAUCUGUUUAUAACCCAAUGGACUCUUUAACCCCAC